AUGUUUGAUAGCCAGAACAUGGCCUCACCUUGGCCACUGAAGGAUGAAUUUAUAAGUAACAGCGACCGCGACCGCGAUAAAGCACCCUGGCAUCGUCUCGAGAAUCUCCCGACGCCGUUUGCGGAACAAUAUGCCAGACUCAGUCAGCCUUGGCUUCCCGGCUUCUGGAUUCGGUUCCCCUAUCGCGGCCUUGGCAUGUGGCUCUUGGCGUUGCUGGGGACUAUUGCCGCUGUUAUGAUCCUCGUCUAUAGCGAUGGAGUACCUGUUGAUCAUUGGGAUGAGCGGAUACAGCCUACAGUAUGGCUGGCGUUGACGUCUGCGUUGUCAGGAGCUUUUCUUGCAUGUGCCUUUACCGAGGGAGCGGCCAUUUCGUAUUGGAGAGCGGCUGGCAAGCCGCUGUUUAUGGAUCCUCGACUGGCAUCAUACAAGCAGCCUUGA